AUGGAAAACAACAAAACGAUCAGGCCCGUUGAACCAAUCGGCCCACCGCAGACGCGACAGAUGCAGCCCAUCGAAUCAUCCACCGUCCACCGCUCCAGAAAUUCUGGAUCCACUCCUCUCCGGCGGCGGCGUGACUAUCAAGAACCAGAGAUGAAGCAUUUCAUGCUUCCCAGGAACCCGGUCUUGCGGGAAGCUACUAGCAACGAGGCUCCCAUUCCUCCUCCGUCGCCGGCUUCUCUGAAAUCGAAGCCUCUUUCAGCUUCUCCUUCACCGUCAAUUCCUCCUCGGCGCCACAAGCUACUCAAGGAGAAUGCUCCGCCGCCGCCGCCGUCAGAUCUCAAUUCCGAUCUCAAGCAGCAGCCGUCUCCUUCUCCCUCUCCGGCUUCUAAGAUCAGGAGCCCCCUCCCGCCCAAGCCUCCUUCAUCUAAUCCGUUGAAGCGGAAGCUGAUCAUGGACGGUGUUCAGGAUCCCUCGCCUUCCGAUUCCGGAGUUCAGGUGAUUGUUAGAAUGCGUCCAUUAAGUAAGGAUGAGGAAGGAGAAUCGACAGUCCAGAAAAUUUCUCAUGAAUCCCUCAGCAUCAAUGGACACAACUUCACCUUCGAUUCUGUUGCCGAUAUAGAGGCAACACAGCAAGACAUUUUCAAGCUUAUAGGAGCCCCUCUCGUUGAGAAUUGUCUAGCUGGAUUUAACAGUUCAGUAUUCGCCUAUGGACAGACUGGGAGUGGAAAGACAUACACUAUCUGGGGUCCUUCUAACGUCUUGUCAGAAGUUGGCUCCUCAAGUGAUCAACAAGGUUUAACCCCUCGUGUCUUCGAACGGCUCUUUGCACGCAUAAAUGAGGCAAGUCAUUCUUGUUGCUCGAUAUUGUUGCUAUCUUCUGUAAAUAAUUUUCAGUUUGUAACCUCAGUAUUUCCAAUGCAGGAGCAAAUCAAGCAUUCCGACAGGCAACUCAAGUAUCUGUGCCGGUGCUCUUUUCUAGAGAUUUAUAAUGAACAAAUUACUGACUUGUUGGACCCAACUCAAAGAAACCUCCAGAUAAGAGAAGAUGUAAAGUCUGGUUUAUAUGUUGAAAAUCUGACAGAGGAGCAUGUUUUCACAUUGAGAGAUGUAACUCGGCUACUGAUAAAGGGAUUAUCCAAUAGGAGAACCGGUGCAACCAGUGUUAAUGCAGAAAGUUCCCGCUCGCACAGUGUCUUUACCUGCAUUGUUGAAUCACGAUGCAAGAGCAUGGCCGAUGGCAAAAGCAGCUUAAAAACUAGUAGAAUAAAUCUUGUUGAUCUUGCUGGGUCAGAGAGGCAGAAAUUAACUGGGGCUGCUGGGGACCGACUGAAGGAAGCUGGAAAUAUUAAUCGAUCUCUCUCACAGCUUGGAAACUUGAUAAAUAUACUAGCUGAAGUGUCACAGACAGGAAAACAGAGGCAUAUACCUUACAGAGACUCCAAGUUGACUUUCCUGUUGCAGGAAUCACUUGGAGGCAAUGCAAAAUUAGCAAUGGUUUGUGCUGUUUCACCUGCACAAAGCUGUAAGAGUGAGACUUUUAGCACUUUGAGAUUUGCACAGCGUGCAAAGGCAAUAAAGAACAAAGCUGUUGUCAAUGAAGAAAUGGAGGAUGAUGUAAAUCAUUUGAGAGAAGUGAUACGACAGCUAAGGGAUGAGCUCCACCGGGUGAAAGCAAACAAUACCAACCAAACAGGUUGGGAUCCCCACAAAAGCCUAAAUAUAUUGAAAAGCCUCAUGCAUCCACACUCCCUGCUACCUAAAAUGGACGAGGAUAGUGAUGAGGAAAUGGAAAUCGAUGAAGAAGCUGUUGAAAUGUUAUGUGCAGCAGUCUCUGAAUAUCAGCCUAUCUGUACCAGCAGAUGUGCAAUAGAAGAUGUUGAUAUGGAAGAAGGCACAUCUGAACAAGUUGAGGAUGGGAGUAUUUCUGUUGGAGACUGUACUGAUCCUACUGCUAGUACAACUCCAGGUAAAUGCAGUGUUCACUUGCACUCCCACUGCUUAGGCUUUGCUGAGUUAUCAAAAGUAGGUUUGCUUAUUGGCUUUAUUGGUGUACUUGAUGCAGAUACAAAUGAUAAGGCAGCUGACCACACUCCAAGUGAAGUCACCUCUGAUUCUCAACUCGGAGUCUCAACUGGAGCUGUGCUUCUCAAGUCACCUACUCCAAGUGUUUCACCCAAAAUCACUCGCAGCAGGAAGAGUCUGAAGACUUCAUGCACGUUGACUGCUUCUCAGAAAGCAUCUAUUGAUGGUCGAGAGUCAGACCAGGAGAAGUCAUUGGCUGUUGCAAAACCCAAAGAAAGCUCUUCAGCUCUGGCUACAAGCAGAAGUGUUUUCACAUCAACUGACCAGUUAGCAGCGAGCAUCCAUCGGGGAAUGGAAAUUAUAGACAGCCAUCCAAGAAAUUCAGCUUUCAGGCAGUCGGCUUUUAGAUUUUCGUACAAACCUGCUGCCGAAACUCAGCCAAGCCCCGUAGUCGAAAAGUUUGAUGUUGGAGUCCAGACAAUGUCUCAUGACAGUAAUCAGGUGGAGUACAUAUGCAAGAUAUGCAAGGGAAAAACAGAACCAGAGGAGGUCAGUGGCAUUGAUGACUGCUGCUCAAACCUUCAGUUGGUGCCUGUUGAGGACUCAGGCUCUGCUGAAAAGUCCAAAAUGCUAGUCCCCAAAGUGGUAAGUGGCAUUGAUGACUGCUACUCAAACCAUCAAUUGGUACCUGUUGAGGGCUCAGGCUCCGCCGAAAAGUCCAAAAUGCUAGUUCCCAAAGCAGUGGAGAAGGUAUUAGCUGGAGCUAUCAGAAGAGAGAUGGCUCUUGAAGAGUACUGUGCAAAACAGAAUUCAGAAAUUAGGCAGCUUAACCGUCUGGUGCAACAAUACAAGCAUGAGAGGGAAUGCAAUGCUAUCAUUAGUCAGACAAAGGAGGACAAAAUUCUCCGUCUUGAGAGCCUUAUGGAUGGUGUCCUACCUACAGAGGAAUUCGUGGAGGAAGAGUUUGCAUCACUCAUGCACGAGCACAAGCUUCUCAAGGACAAGUGUGAUAACCAUCCUGAAGUCUCGAGGCUGAACAUUGAGCUGAAAAGAGCCCAGGAAGAGCUGCAAAACUACCGGAAUUUCUGUGAUCUAGGUGAAAGAGAAGUGCUUUUGGAGGAACUUCAAGACUUGAGAAGCCAGCUACAGUUUUAUGUAGACUCCUCAUCAGCAUCUGCUCUUAAAAGGAGAUCUGUAUUGCAGCUCACGUAUCUCAAUGAACAACAGCCCAAUCUUGGCACAAUCCCAGAGUCUACAGAGGAUGGUGCUGAAGAGAAGCCCGAGUCUAGUGAAGAUGGUGCAGAAGAAAAGCUCGAACAAGAGAGAGCUCGCUGGACUGAAGCUGAGAGCAAGUGGAUCUCCCUUGCUGAAGAGCUGAGGGCAGAACUCGAUGCCAGCAGGACUCUAUCCGACAAACAGAAGAUCGAGCUGGACAUCGAGAAGAAGUGCACUGAAGAGCUUAAAGAAGCCAUGCAAAUGGCCAUGGAAGGGCAUGCUCGGAUGCUUGAGCAAUAUGCAGACCUCGAGGAGAAACAUAUUUUACUUCUUGCAAGGCACCGGGACAUCCGGGAUGGAAUUGAGAACGUCAAGAAAGCAGCAGCUAGAGCUGGGGUGAAGGGUGCCGAGUCUAAGUUCAUCAACUCACUCGCUGCAGAAAUUUCAGCGUUGAGAGUGGAAAGAGAGAAAGAGCGGAGAUACUACAGAGAAGAAAUCAAAGGGCUUCAGGCUCAACUCAGAGACACUGCCACUGCUGUACAAGCUGCUGGGGAGUUACUGGUGCGACUCAGAGAAGCUGAAGAAGCUGUCGCUGUUGCUCAGGAACGUGCUAUGGGGGCAGAGCUGGAAGCUGCAAAUGCGGCCAAGAAGAUCAAGAAGUUGAAGACCAAACACGAAGAAGAGAUCGGGUCCUGGAAGAUGCUUAUUGCCGAGUCACGUCUACCGAAAGAGGCCAUACCUCCACCAGACUUGCCGGAGUGCUCUCCUUCCGCGGCUAAAUACAAUGAAGGUGCAGAAUGGAGAGAGGCCAUACCACCGCCAGACUUGCCGGAGUGCUCUCCUUCCGCGGCUAAAUACGACGAAGGUGAGGAAUGGAGAGAGGAGUUUGAGCCAUCGUCGUGGUUCUCGGGGUACGAUCGUUGCAACAUAUGAACAAGGAGAGAAGCAGAGAUCAAAACUAUUUUGCAGCAUUGUUCAAAGGGGGUCAGUCCAGUGUGUAUAUUGUGUAGUAGAAUAGAUAAUGCAUCAGUCUUGCCUUGUAUGUUUGUUGUUUACUUAGUUAAUAGUCGUUGUUAUUGGUUGCUGGUGGUGGUUACUUCUCCUCACCAUUCUGCGAGGAUUUUGUGACCGACCAACUACAGAAGAACAUUGUCACUCUUACUGUAUUGCAAGUUCCAAACAAGAUUCUCUCUGAUAAUGCACAUACUUUUACAAUUUACAAACAAGAUUCUAUCUGUAACUAUUUUUCCUGAUUUUCUUGCUAGAAAGAUCACAACUCCCCUUUCGGCAUGCACCCUUUCGCGAUCAAAAUUUAGCAUACUAUGUUAUCAAAAAUUACGUCAAAUGACAACCAUGGAAAGAAGAUACCCA